AAUUACGGACAACAUAUAUGGAUGUAGAAAUCUUUUUGAUAUUUGCUACCGAAUGAAUACGCGAUCGAGAUGAACUUUAAAAAUGACAGAUAUAAACGACUGAUUCUCUCUGUAACGUGAUGGCGGAAUCAAAUGACACUGUAGAAACGUCCGUAACAAAGUCUGCGAAACUGAAGGAGAAAGUUUAUGCUACAGUAUUUUUAAGCACUGUUGCUAGUAUUUCUGCCCUCGCUGGAUUUGCCAGAGCAGUGGCAAUAACCAGGAAGCAAGAUCCAAAACAUUUUGGAGAUGGAAUUUCUGGUAUGAAAGGGAUUCCCGAAACUGGAGCUUCAUUAGCUAUAAGAGCCCUUGGCUGGGGCACAUUAUAUGCUGUCACAGGAUGUGGCUUAUUUUUUUAUGGAAUGUGGAAACUCUCUGGAGCUACAAAUGUAGAAGAAUUUAGAUUCAAGAUGGGUUCCCUAUUACCAAAAAUACCUAAAAAUAAUCCACCUCAAAGUAGAACAGAGUUUGAGGGUUUGACAGAUCUAUUGACAUAUAUUUCUGAAGAUUGGGGACGAAAUAAGGAGGAAUAAAUGCAUAUGUGAUAUCUCGCUCUGGAUUCGUACUGGUCUUAGUUAACACACAUAUAGCAACAUUCAAAUCACUUAAUCAGGAUCGUAUGACUGGGGAUCGUACGAUUGGGUCAUGCACGGGUUUAUUGCAUGCAUGAAUAGUAAUACGAAUAGCAAUUGAAAGGUCUUAUGAAACAAGUUUCAUGAAAUUGUA